UCUGGAGAAAGUAGUGAGACAUCGGUUGACAUAAAUGUAGGAGUUAUUCUAAACGUUGUGUGUUUCAUUAUACGAGGACCCAUCUCACAGGGAAAAUGGGUCUGUUACCAUUAGAGUUUGCUGACUGUUUAACUGACAGUCCGUCUUUUCGCGAGAAACUCCAUGAACAUGAGAAGGAGUUGGAACGUACCAGUAAAUCUAUCAAAACUCUCAUCAACGACGGGAAAGAGCUACUGAAUGCUGCCAAAUGUUUAUCCAAAGCUCAGAAAACAUUCUCUAACAACUUGCGAGAAUUCAAGUUUGAGUGUAUUGGAAGUCAGCAGACAGAUGAUGAGCUGGUAAUAGCGGCCUCACUACAGGAAUUUGGGCGUCUUAUUGAACUGAUAGAAGAUGAAAGAGAUCGAAUGUUGUCCAAAGCCACAGAGCAGUUCCUGGAACCACUGGAAGCUUUCAGAAAGAAGCAGAUAGGGGGCGCUAAGGAUGGUAAGAAACAUUUUGACAGGCAGACAGCCAAGUUUUGCCAGUCUUUGGAGAGAUAUUUGAAUAUGAAGACCAAAAGUCAAGAGAAUCUACAAGAGGCUGAUGCAGCAUUAGAAAUGGAGAGGCGUCAUUUUUGUCAGGAAUCUAUGAAAUACGUUCUGAAACUACAGGAAGUUCAGGAGAAGAAAAAGUUUGAAUUUGUGGAAAUUUUGCUUGGAUUCAUGUACAGCUGGUUAACAUUUUACCAUCAAGGUCAUGAGGUUGCCAAAGAUUUCAAGCCAUAUAUGACAGACUUACAGUCUAAGUUACAGAAGACAAGGGAAAGCUUCGAUAGCACGCGGGAAGAGGCUUUACAAUUAAUGAUGAAAAUGCUGGAGGUUCGUGGAACGCUACAGGCGCUGACAGAAAUGAAAUCUGUGGAUCAGACAGGCACAAUUAAGGGCUUUACCCGUCAAGGAUACUUGUACCUUUUAGAAAAGAAAGCUCUGGGGACUGCCUGGACCAAACAGUAUUGUCAGUACAGGAAGGAAACCCAGGAACUUUUGGUUACCCCAUUCAACCAAGUAGCAGCCAAACUAGUACGUGUACAACCAGACAAACUCAAGUUAACCAAAUGUGUUAGGAGAGCAUCAGAUUCUAUAGAAAAAAGAUUUUGUUUUGAUGUGACGGUAGCAGAAAGACCUGCACCAUUGACAUUCCAAGCAUUAUCAGAGGAAGACAGACGAUCAUGGUUAGAUGCAAUGGAUGGGAAAGAACCUGUCUACACAGUUUCGGCCACUUCAGUUGAUGACAGUUUACUGGAUGACAUUGGAUUCAAUUUUAUUAAAAAGUGUGUUAAUGCUGUGGAAUCAAGAGGGCUAGAGGAACAAGGUCUGUACAGAGUGGUGGGGGUCAACUCUAAAGUCAACAAAUUAACCACAAUGGGACUAGACAAGAGGAAAGCAGACAAGGUGGUGCUAGAAGAUGUUGGGGAAUGGGAAACAAAAACUAUCACCAGUGCAAUCAAAAGCUACCUCAGGAAUUUACCAGAACCAUUGAUGACAUUUAAGCUUCACGAUGCUUUCAUUGCAGCUGCAAAACAAUGUAAGACAUUACGUAUCCAUGACAUCCACAGUUUGGUUCACAAGCUUCCAGAAUCAAACUUUGAAAUGUUAGAAUUUCUAAUAGGACAUCUAAAAAAAAUAUCUGAGCGUUCAGAUGAGAACAAGAUGACUGUGGCUAACCUGGGAGUGUGUUUUGGUCCAACCCUGAUGAGACCGCAGGAGGAGACAGUGGCGGCCAUCAUGGACAUAAAGUUCUGUAACAUUGUGGUGGAAAUCCUCAUCUCCAAUUACGAAAAGAUCUUCAAAACUGUGCCCGAUGGCGCAGACAUCUCUGAGAGUCGAGUGAUCCCCUCUAGGGAUGGGGUAUCCUCAGGGGGUGGGGGUGGGGAUCGGGGGAGGACCACCCCGACAGGCCUCAACUCUUACCAGCAGCACAACCCCACUUACGCCAACCAGUCGGCGAUAGGCACAGGCUAUGUACAGGGCAAGCUGAGGGCCAGGCCGGCAGGUAUUUAUAUACCUAACUCUGGUAAAGAAGUCCAUGGUAGUUCCAGCAGCAGCACAGAUUCUUUGAAUUCUAGCAAGUCUAUUGUGAACCAGAAAGUGGCCCAGUUCCAGGAGCGGGCCCAGUCAGCCGCCUCUUCCCCACACAUUGACGGUCACAGGCGAAGUGCCCCACAACCACCCACUUACUGUAAUAUAGGGGUGGGAAGUAAGGGAGCAGGAGAGAGAGCAGUGGUGAAAUCCAGAGUAAAGGUUCUAGAGUUAGAUAGCUCUCCGAAAGUCCCUCGAGACUCCCUUGAGAAGCCCCAAAGAUCCUCUUUUUCCAUUGCAAACCGUGUCAGUAUGUUCAACAACGCUGAUCAUGCAGCAUUCAGUUCAAGUGCGAAGAAACGUCCAUCUAAUGGCUCUAUAACACAGUCCAUGACAUCCUCAGUGACCAGUAUGACAGGAAGUGUGGCCAGCAGUUUGUCCAGCAGUAGCAGUUCCUCCAAACCAAGACGUUCUGUGAGAACCCUGUAUUCCUGUGAUGCUGAGAAUGAGUCUGAACUGUCCUUUGAACCAAACCAAAUUAUUACUAAUGUCCGAUCGUCAAAAGAACCUGGCUGGUUAGAGGGUUCUUUAGGUGGAAAAACUGGACUAAUUCCCCAGAAUUAUGUGGAGUUUAUAAACUGACACUGGGUGACCAAUCCACACACAGAAGCAGAAGUCUUGCAUUUUGAAGAUUGACUGACUGAACAAAUGACUGAUUGCAGAUAGAGUCCGUUACAUACCUUCCAUGAUCCAUAUUGUCUUGAGAGAGUAGGAAAGCUCAUUUGCUUUUGGAUUUCCAUGGAUGUUGUUUGGUUGCGGUGUGUUGUCUUGGUUCUACAUUUCACUGAGAUCUUCAGCAUCCUCUGUCCAAUGUAGACUGAAAAAUUGACUUAUGUUAGAACUGGUCUGAGGGUAAAAAUUCUGCAGGAGAUAUAGUGUGACUAAAAUAGGUCAGCUUGAAUUGCGAGAAUGUCAGCUUGAAUUGCGAGAAUGUCAGCUUGAAUUGCGAGAAGAUAGGCUUGUAUUGCCAGAUGGUCCUGAUGGUCCAGUUCCUAGAUGAACCGCGCUUCAUUCCAGAGGCAAGCCUACUCAGAAAGUUGCAAGAAAAGCAAAGAGUCUUGUUGGAUUGCAAGGUCAGCUUGGAUUGCAAGACGGUCCAGUUCAGAGAUGGACCUCUUCAUUCCAGUGGCAAGCCUUACUCAACUGUGCAUAUUCAAGCCAGCAAGACUUUUGGCAGACCAUGAUAAAUGUGAUGAUUGAAGUUUCUUUGCGAAUGUUUUCGUUUUCAUAGAUGUAUAUGUAGUUACACCAUAAAUGUCUGCAUGAAAACUCAGGGCUAGUAACAUGAUUGAGACAGUGAAAUGACCAAAUGCUUGGAUGGAAUUACACAUUUCUAAGUGUUUUGAUAAAUGGAAAUGCUAGGUGAUCUUUGAGACAAGCCCACAGAGGUAGAAAUGUGUGCAGGGACAUGAACUUAGUUGAAAUAUUGGAACUGACUUUUACUAUAAAAGUGCAAGGAUCUUGAAGAGACGUUCAAAGGUGACGGCAAAGGCUUGUGGGAAGUAUGUCAGAAAGGAAUAUUUGCGAAGAGACCAUGAUGUGUUGAAAUCAGCCAGUUUUGCGAUGUCUUUAAAUGAGAGUGAUAAGAACUUUGUGAAUGGUUGAACAGCAAAAUGGGUGGCUGCAUUCAAUUAACCUUAAUGUUCUGUUGAAGGAAUCUCAAGAGCUUUUGUUAUGAUCAAGGAUUUAAUGUUUACAUGGACAUUUAACAUGUAGUUGUAUAUGUAUAUUUUGGUCGUGGUUUGUUUCCUCCAAGACAGUUAAUUCAUUGUAUAUAUUGAUAUAGGGUAUAUAUACAUGUGGGUCAUUUACAUAUGUAUGCAGAGUACAGUAAUAAAAAUAUCAAUAAUGACUGGGCCAACAAAAUAUUUAACUUCUCCGUAAAAAUUGCAUUGCAAAAACCGUUAAGAUGUCUAGCAUAGUUGUAGUUUUUGAUACAUCAAUGCAUGUUGUUCUACUGUCAGAUGUUCGUGUACGUUUUGAUGCUACUGUGAAUUUUGUGUGUAAAACAGUUCUUCUUUGGAGGGUUGUUGGUGAACGGAGCUUGCCAUGCAUCUGGGUAAAGGCAAACAUGUCAGCAUUUCUUGCAGGCAGUAUGCGCGAAACCAUUAAUUGGAGAUUCAGUUGAAACAUUUACUUAUUUAAUUACAUAUUGUUCAGUAUGGUACAUACCUAUGCAUCAUAUUCAGUUCAAUUAAAGACACGGGCCAAGUUGCUCCUUUCUUGUCCAUUCUUCGUUUACUGCAUGAGCUCUAGAAUAUAAUCGGCCAUGCGAAGGAAAAUAUACCUGUAGUAAGGUUACAUCCUGUUUGCAGUAGCCUUCAUAGCCUUCAUCAUCUACAUGUACUUCUUCAUACUCUUAUAUGUUUCAUAUAUGUGAUGUGCUUGCCAAAGGAUGCAUGUGUGUUGGGAUAAUUAUGUACAGGAAUGUAAUUCAAAUGUUAUUAAUCUGGCUUUUUGCGUUCUUCAAAAUGGGAGGUAAAUUUCCCCACAUCUUUAUGAACAGAACCUAUCAGUUGACAAGUCCUGUCACUUUGCCUGUAUGGCCCCUCAGCUAACAGAUGGCGCUAGGGUUCUAAAUCACAUUUUGUAUGUUAAAGAUUAGGACCACCUGGUAGCUGGAGGGACAAACAGGCAAAGUGAUGGGGCUCUUUGAUGGGCUCUGCUAUGAGUCUCCCAUAAGUUUACCUCCGACAUGAAAAAAGCUGAAGAUUUUCACAGGGAGAUCUUAUAGGAACUCUUACAGGGACACUAUUUUCCUCUACAUGGCUUUAAAAUCCAGAAUCCAUAUCAUAACACAAAAUACCUGACUAAGUGUUUUAUACUGUUUUAUACUAUUUUGUACUAACUGUGAUGUAUGUUGGUUGAACCGUGUUCCCCAUGUGCCUAAGGGCCCCUUUGUAUUCUCACUACGUAGCUGUAUAUAUACAUAUAUAUAUACUAUAUAUAUAUCUGUAUGUCUGUACAGUGCACUGGUCUUGUUUGUACAUUACAAUAUGCUAGUGGUGUGGUGUAUGUUGUUGGAUAUGCAGCAUACGUAUAAAUAGACUGAUAUUUAUAAGAUUAGUUAUAUCUGGUAACUUGACUGAUAUACUGUUGUAUGUAUUUCUUCUGCCUGUUAUACUUUCAGCUUUGUUACCAGCCACAGUUCACAGAAGCUGUCACUUUGUUUCAUUUUCAUGGGCAAAAUGUGUGUUUCGUUGUUGUGAUAUAAUAAUGAAAUAAUGAAUACACUGGAAAAAUGAAUGUAGUAUUAAAGUAAACUUUCUAAUAUGUUCUUUAUGAUAUCAUUACAUAUUGUAUUGUACUUGCAAAAUGAAAACCAAUGCUAAAGUAAAGAUUGUUGCCAAAUGUAAAACAGUUAUUUUUUUUGUGCUCCCUAUAGUUUAUCUGUACUAUGUUGAGUAAUCCAUCUUCUUCAUUACACAUGUACAUUCAGAAUAUUUGCAUGGGUUUUCGAGGAAGAAAGUGUUUUACUUCAGUAUUCUGUGCACGUAUAUAAGAUUGACAUAUACCAGCCUGUGUAAGAGCGCAGGUAUUAUGCAUUAACAAAAGUAAGUCCUUGUAGCCAGGAACAGGGAAGCCCAACGCAUAUAGAGAUUAGAUUAAUAUUCAUUAGAUUUAUUUAGUAAAUUGAGUUAAUAUUCACACAUUGUAACUUGUUAUACUAUAAAAUUUCGUCAAACUACCAUUUACUUCCUUAGUUUAUGUAUGGCUGUCGUAUCUAAAAAUAAUAUGUUAAUUCUGCUACCAGUGGCUUGUUUUCCCAUUUGUGUCUAAAAGAGAAAGCUGUUUGCAAUAAUUUCUUGUAUUUGAAGUAUUGCGAGGGAGCAUCCAGUACAGUUGAUGAAAUGAAAUGCAUUUUUCUCAAUUCUUCACCAAUUAAUUUAUUUUCCUUGGUGCCAAUCAGCCUGAACUAGCCUCCAGGAAUCAGUGUUGUACUCUUGGAAUAAAUUGUCAUUUCCCAGAAAAUGUCAUAACCAAA